AUGACAUCAUCUUCGACACCCCCGACGUCGCCCACUUCCUGCACACCCGCGGAUGCGACUUCGACGCCGCAUGCGCAAUGGAUUUUAAUCCUGUACCCGUACUACUAUGACACUUCUGCCCUCCGUGACGACGUCGGCAUGAAGACGGCGUCGUGGUAUUGGCCGUGGUUCCACAGCCCCCGCGCCCGGGCGUCUGCGGCCGCGCUGGAGCCCGUCGAGGUGAAGUCUUGUUGGAAAGGGCUCGUCGCCUUUGACGCCGCGCCGUAUUACGGUGAUACCGCGACGCGGCUCGGCCGCGAAAAGGGGGUCUGGCUGAACCCAAACGUCCGCGUCGGGUAUAACGUGCCCGUGUACGAGCAAAUGAAGGCAGAGAGGUUUCCCACGGCCUGGGCUGCACUGGUGGGUUCGUGGGCGAACCGUUAUCUGAGGGUACGGAACAGCGUGCAGCUGGCGUUUGAGAAGCGGAUGAUGGACGAGAUGCUGAAGAGGUGGUCCGACGAGACGCCGUCCGGAGAGUUGCGGCGUCGCGAGCCGGGCGAGAUGUGUCUCAACAACGAGAUGCAAAUUUUGUGGAAGAACAAAUGGAAGCACAUAUGA